UUUAUUUUUCACUUUGAGCGACGACAAAACUAAUGUCACAAAUUAAACGAAUUUAAACCCCAUUUCGUGGUCCAAGUGGUGACAAAGUGACUUCAGAAUGGGAGGGUUGACAAGUAUCCAGCGAUCCAAUGUCCAGGAACUCGACAUUAAUGCGUCAUCUGCUUACAGAUACCCUCCAAAGACAGGAUGCUAUUUUGGCAGUUAUUUCAGUAUGGGUGGACAGCGAUUCGACACACCACAACCAGAAGCGUAUCUCUUUGGUGAGAACUCUGAUCUGAACUAUCUAUGCUCAAGACCAGCACACUUCCAGUACACGUCACUCCAGCCGAAUGAGCCAACCAAGACCCUGAAAAGUCUGGUGAACAUCAGGAAAGAUUCUUUGAAACUAGUCAAGACAGUUAGAGACGGGGAGGAAGGAGAUGAUAACCAAUACUCCAUAGAGUUUAUAUUUGAUGCUGAGGCAAGAACAGCGAUCACUGUACACUUCUUUGCUCGUGAGGAGAUAGAGAGCAACCAUGCAGUAUACACUGCCCGAGAUCCCUCACUGAGAUCUGAAACAUUCCAUUAUGAGCGAGGUUCCAGUCAGACAUUCUACCAGCCGGCGUUCACCUUUGACCCCUCUGUGUUUGAUGAGGACGAGUUUGUGUACACUGCGGGUAAGGAUGUCAUUCCAAUCGUCAUCCACUGCAUCGUUGAGGAAGGAGAUGAGCACGCUGGACACAGCCACGCCCUCUUUGCUACCCUGGAGCAGAACAUGGAGACAACGUUUACCAUCAAGCCCCUCAAGCAGAAACAGAUGGUGGAUGGUGUGUACUACAUGCUGCAAGAGAUAUUUGGCAUUGAGAAUAAGGCAACAGGGGAUGCUAAGACUGUCGAGGAAGAUGAGUUUGCUGACGAUGUUGGCUCGGAUUGUGUCAUCUGUAUGUCUGAUGCCCGAGAUACCCUCAUCCUACCCUGCAGGCAUCUGUGUCUCUGUAGCACAUGUGCUGAUUCUCUGCGCUAUCAAGCCAGUUGCUGUCCUAUCUGCCGUGCACCUUUCCGAGCCCUUCUCCAAAUCAGGGCUCUGAGGAAGAUUGGAUCAGUCGUUCCCACCCCUACUGAUGAUGACCAUCUUACAAGUCAGGAGAAUGUCCCUGCUGGUUAUGAAGCCAUUCCAUUGGGAGAAGCCCUCAAUGGUCCAAGCACACCCAGGACGGGUGCUGAAGCCGGUGCGGGAGAACGGCUUCUCGGAUCAGCGUCAAGUGAGGGCAGGUCUCGUCGAGGCCGUAGGAAGCCGAGGUCUUGCUCAGCAGCCUCUCUGCGUAGCCGCUCCGGUGACGAUCAUUCCACAGGUUUCCGAGAGGAGAGUGAGACCAAGACGAACUCAAUGGCCAAUGGCAGCGUCCGCUCUCUACCGGAGAGCAAUAAGAAGAGUAAAGCGCAGGCCGUCACUGCACCCAGCAAUGUUGUGGAACUGUUCCAGCAGGGUGAUGUUAAGCCGAUCAUGCCCCCACUCGUACUGAAAGAGACCCCACCCAGCACCGCAUCCGCUGAGGACAGCAAUGGUCGCAGUACCGCGUCUCCACACGGUGUGGAUAUCGAGGGGUCAAUGACCUCUGAUCAGCACCCCUUGGCAGGAGGGAAAGGAUCAGUAAAAUCCAAUAAGUCCGUCGGCAGCGAGGGAAAGGGGUCGACCGUGGACAGACUCGUGGUCAGCGGACUGCAGGAGACGGCAAUCGAUGAUGGUGGAUAUGAUCUUGAAAACAACCUCGCCGCAGUCAUGUACGACGAGACCGAAGAGCCCCAAGCAGCUGAGCUCUCAUACAACAGCGCCACCAUGAGCUUCAUCAUGGACGUGGAGUUACCGGGUACCCCACAGAGUAAUCCAAGCGCCAUCAAUAAUAGGGAUAGCCAGGCUAGCUAUAGCAGCACUGGAAGCACCAGGCAAUUACUGUCCACACCCAGUAAUAUUCAGCUGGAAGAAGAGAUUCAUGAACGAAUGGUGUAGGGUCGGAGUUCAAUGUUAAUGCUUUACUUCUCCAAAAAAAUUAAAGCAAAGACAACAUUUUUUGAAACAAAACACUGGACACGUUUGGUAAUUGUCGAAAACCAGUA